AUGAAGUUGUUUGAAGACUCUCAAACAGAGUUUAUGGAAUUUACAGACGUUGGUGAUUUAAGUACACAGUUGUCUUCCUGGGGACAUUUGGUGCACAUGGAACGCCAACUGCGCAUCAGCCCAUCAGCCCUUUUCGUCUUGAUGUUGACAUUUGAAAGAAACUUUCAUGAUGCACACCAACUGCGCGCUAAAAUUCUUUGUUUAUGUUUUUUUUUGGAAUCUGUUACUAAGGUAAGCUUAGUUUUGGGCUCAAUCUCUGUUUGAUGAGUACUUUUUCACUAUUUUUAUGAUCAUACUGCUUUUUGUUG